AUGGCGGGAGAUAGUGAGCAAGGCAACAGCAAGCCAGCCGGCACGCCCCUUCCCCCCAAGCCCUUGGAGUACGAGCAGAUUUCCUUGGCGAGGCUUAUGAUCCUCCUCUUUCCUGUCACGCUUACGUAUUUCCUCCUCCUGCUGGACACGUCCAUUAUAGCAACCGCCAUCCCCCAGAUCACGUCCAGCUUCAACUCGCUGCUCGAUGUCGGCUGGUAUGGCAGUGCUUACCAGCUGGGAUACGCGGCUUUUCAGCCCAUGAGUGGGAAGCUCUAUACCUACUUUAACACCAAAUGGACCUACCUCAUCUUCUUCGCGGUCUUCGAGCUCGGAUCAGUGCUCUGCGCUGCGGCCACUUCAUCGACGAUGCUAAUCGUCGGACGUGCGGUCGCUGGAUUGGGCUCGUCGGUGUUGAUGAACGGGGCGCUCACCAUCAUAUCCGACUGCGUGCCACCCCACAGGCAACCGUUAGUUAUGGGGAUGAACAUGGCCCUUGGCCAACUCGGCACUGCCUGUGGCCCGCUAAUCGGUGGAGCACUCACUGAGAAGGUCUCGUGGCGAUGGUGCUUCUAUAUCAACCUACCCAUCGGCGGCGUUGUCUUCCUCAUGGUACUCUUAACCCGACUACCGACCGGCAUUGAAAAGCCGCCCGCUCGCGAUGUCAUUCGGACGGCUGUCAAAUCGCUAGACCUUGUCGGCUUCGUUCUUAUAGCACCUGCCGUUACAAUGUUGUUGCUAGCUUUAGAAUGGGGCGGCAAUCAGUACGCCUGGGAUAGCUCUCGCAUAAUUGGUCUCUUCGUUGGAUCGGGGGCGACUUUCCUGGUCUUUCUUGGUUGGGAAUACACCCGCGGUGAAAAUGCCAUGCUUCCACUGUCUAUUAUUCGACUACGCGUCAUUUGGUCUGCUGCGGGGACGCUGUUCUGCUUUUACGGCGUUAUGUUCCCCUUCAAUUACUAUCUCCCGAUCUACUUCCAGGUUGUCAAGAACGACUCGGCACUCAUGAGUGGUGUUCAUAUGCUGCCGAACAUCCUUGCGCAGGUCCUAUUCGCUGUUACAGCCGGGGCCUUAGUGCAACGUUUCGGUUACUACCUCCCCCCGAUCGUCCUCGGCACGGCCUUGAUGACUGUUGGAUCCGGUCUCCUCUCUACAAUCGGCAUCUCCACACCAGAGCACGACCUGAUCGGCUUUCAGAUCAUCUUCGGUGCUGGCAUUGGGCUGUCAGUUAGCAUACCGUUCAUAACUAUACCCCACCUCAUACCGCGUCCCAAAAUACCUACCGCCAUGGCCAUCGUCGUCUUCAGCCAGUUCCUCGGUGGCGCUGUCAUGCUUUCCGCCUCGCAGACAAUCUUUACCAACAGCCUACGUGACUUGCUGGCCAACGACCUCCCUGGUACUGAGGGAGUCCGCAUCAUUGAUUCAGGCGCCCGCUCUGUGCGGGAUAUCGUGGCUGGGGCGCAGCUGACCGCCGUUUUAGAGGACUACAGUACGGCUAUCGAUAGGAUUUUUUACAUGGGAAUUGCCCUUGGCGGUGGAGCAUUUCUGUUCUGUUGGGGACUUGGUUGGAGAGAUAUCCGUCAAAAGGAGGAGACGGCAGAAGAAAAGCCGACGCUGGAGACAGUGGAAGUCGAGGAUCCCGAGGCCAAUCGUCAUCCUCACCCCGGUGAACAAAUCGAAAGUGCAAAAGAGUCUUUCACUGGGAGAUCUGAAAGUUAUGAGAUCUCCGAAUCUCAUGAUGGUACAGAACGUAAGGCUAAGACAACUAAAUAG